GUAGUGAGAAAGUGGGCAACCCUAUACAAGACAGACCACAGUGCCGUCCCACUUCUUCUUCUUCCCUGUUUACAAUCCCAUGUGCUCGGAGUCCUCCAGAGCACGCCCUCUCUCCACUCGUCAGCCAAUCACGGAGCCCGCCGAGCAGGAGUGGACUUCUUCCACAGCCAAUCACAGCCUUACUCUUUUGGCGCGUCACCCAAAGAAACAUGGCGGCGCACAUAACCAGAGGAGUGAAACGACUUGUCCCAAAGGAGAGCGGCUGGCUCCUGCCCGCAGCUUGGCAGUUGUGUACCGAAGCAUGGCGUCAUCACCAUCACUCUGCAGGCCCCUCGCUGCGCUACGUACCCCGCAGGGCCGUUCUCUACUGCCCUGGCAAUGAUGAGCGAAAAUUGAGGAAGCUGGCCUCGCUGGAUGUCGACUGCGCAGUCUUGGACUGCGAGGACGGUGUAGCCCUCAGCAAAAAGACAGAAGCAAGGGAGACCAUACCCAGGAUGCUAGCAGAACUGGACCUGGGCCGGACAGAGAAGUGUGUGAGGGUGAACUCGGUGUCCAGUGGUUUAGCUGAAGCUGACCUACAGGUCAUCCUGCAGGCUGAGGUCCUCCCUCCUGCCAUCAUGUUGCCCAAAGUGGAGGACACGCAGGAGGUGCAGUGGUUUGUUGACAGGUUUCAGCACAACUUGAAAGGACGGCCGCUGACAGAACCCAUCCGCCUGGUCACCUUUGUGGAAACCGCUGUGGGCCUGCUCAAUUUUAAGGCAGUGUGUGAGGAAAUCCGUCGCCUCGCUCCAGCAGCUGGUCUCCACCAUGACGGUGUGGUGUUCGGCUCCGAUGACUUCUGUGCCAGCAUAGGUGCAACGCGCACUAAAGAUGCCAGGGAGCUCCUUUAUGCCAGGCAGAAGGUGGUUGUGACCACCAAAGCGUUUGGGCUGCAGGCUAUCGACCUGGUGUACAUCGACUACAAAGACUUGGAGGGGCUGAGGCGACAGGCCAGGGAGGGAGCUCUCAUGGGAUUUACAGGUAAGCAGGUGAUCCACCCAGGGCAGAUCCAGGCUGUGCAGGAGGAGUUCUCCCCCAGUCCGGAGAGGGUCGAGUGGGCCAAAGAGCUCAUUGCUGCUUUUGACCAGCACCAAAAGGAGGGAAAGGGUGCGUUCACCUUCCGUGGCAGCAUGAUAGACAUGCCCUCUGUGAAGCAGGCACGGAACAUCCUCUCGCUCUCCGACGUGGUGCCGCAGCAAUGACACGACCAGCGAGAAGAACCAUGAGGAACGACACGACUCAACCCUGACAGGAGAGGUCAAAGGACACUGGAAAUGUUGCAGGUUCCAUGAACAUUAAGAGCACUUUUAAGGCAUUAGAACUGUCACUGUGGUGAACAUUGGGGUUAAAAUAGAAGUUUUUUUGGAUUUUUGAAAUGCUUUUGUUAAAUUCAUGUGAUUGUCAUGACAUUUCCGGAGGGGAUGAUUAUCUGGAAGUAUGCCUUUCAGAAGUCUGCAACACUUAAAAAAUCUGCACACAGCGAGCCGAAAACAGCAGACAUCCGCGUCUUGGAGUGUGUGUCGAGGUUUAUUUCCCUGUGUGGGCACUUUCUUGGCACACUCUUCAGUGUGUGUGCGCCAUCAUGUCAGUCUUCAGUGUGUGUCCCAGGUCAUGAUGAAUGCUCUCCCAUCUCCACGGUCCAGGCAGCUGGGCGAAAAGGGUAAACAAACACAACAAGCCACUGUUGUCGGAUCUAUUCAUUAGGCCCCAGUCCCUCCAGUCAAGGCCUCAGCCCCCCCUGCUCAGGCCCUGACUCCCAAACAUCAAAGUCUCAGUCACUUUAAAGGAUAAAAAAAACCCAAAUGGAAGUGCGUAAACUCACCAUUUAGCUUUUUUUUGUGUGUCAGUCUGCUUAGUAAAGACGUGCAGCUCGCUCUGUGGCAGCUGCGGGCCUGUGGUCUUGAUGGAGAGGGCGUGCGGCGUCUGACUCACCAUGACCUGCGCGAAAAAUAAACAGUGCAUACAUGCACACGCUGCGGCACUGUUCCACUACUGAUCUCUCAUUCAGCACAAACUCUAAGUUGAAUUUCCUGCUACUGCUUCUACAUUACACUUACCUGUUUCUUUGUUUGUUAUGACUGACACUUAUUUGAUUGAAGCAACUACAGGCAGAGCUGCAACGAAUACUCAUGAUUCAGGGCUUGUACAUGGAUAUAACUGAAAAAUCCAAGUUUUAGGACACAUUAAGCAGAAAGACAAGAGACUAAAAAUGAACACAGGAAAAAAAAAACACUGGCAUGAUGACACAAAUGGAUACAGUCAGAACAAAAAUGAAAUGCAUGUUUGUUUUUUUUAAAGUUAUAUUUUUGGCCUUUUUGCCUUUAUUUUUUAGGACAGCUGAAGAGAGACAGGAAAUGUUGGGAGUAGAGAGUGUGGGAAGACAUGCAGGAGAUGGUCGAGCGGUCAGGAAUCGAACCGGCGACCUCUGUGACGAGGACUGCAGCCUCUGUAUGUGGGGCGCUUAGACCGCUAGGCCAGUAGCGCCCCGUUUGCAUGUUUUUUUGAUAAACUUUAAGUAUCAUUGCAAAUACAAGCAGAACUGCAACAAAUAUCCACAUACAUGGACGUAGAUAUUACAAGAAAACAACACACUGAUACACUAUUUUUGUGACACACUGAAUAAAAGAGUGAGACUAACUGAAAAUUACAACACGCCCCUCCUCCAAUGGAUGACACAAAACAGAGCCUGAGAGGAACACACAGAAAAAACAAAAAUCAAAAUGCUGCAUAAAAAUUAUCUUCCAUCACAUCAACAAAACUCCUCUGGAAAUAUACACAGUAUUUGAUUUCUUGAACGUCUCCCAUUCCUACACCUCAGUUUGUACCUCUAAUGUUGGAAAGGAAAUGUUGAACCUCUGCUCAUGAUCAUAUACAAACAUCUUAUAUAACUACACCUUUUUAUUAGCAUCACAAAAAGUAGUCCCUCUACCGCACAGCUUUGAUGGUCACUUUGUAAAACAGAACAACAGACUAAACUCCCAGAGAAGUUCUUUGAAGUCCUUUUAAAGCUGUCACAUGUUAAAGUAUUCAAAUUCAAGCAACUUUAUUUAUCCCGCCGGGGUGUAAGUGGUUUGAAGCACCUUUUGUAGAAAAAAGCAUAAAACACUGUCGACAGUAAGUGAGUACGAGGUAAGUACACAAUGCAGGCUCUGUGUAGCCUUCGAGCUCAUCUGACUUCCACAGACAGUGAAGUGAAGUGGGUGAAGUGGGUGUGAUGUUGGAGUGAGACAGAUUAGUGGCCAUGUUGCUCCAGCAGACCAGGACCGAGGCUUUGUCUCUCUGACUGCGGAUGGGAGGAUAAUUGGGGGGGUGUUGAAUGGUUAAUAGUGCCAUUGGUGACCAUGGUAAUGAAAGGCACCACACCUCCCCUACCCCUCCUCGUCCACUCAUCCCUCUCUCUCUCUCUCCCUCUCUUUUUCCCUCCCUCUCUCUAUCGUACUGUAUGAGCUAUUGUGUCUGGGGCAGGACGGCGGUCGGUGCCAGGGCCAGGCCAGACAAAAAAGAUCGAAACCACUCCUGCGCCCAGCCAAAGACCCCAACAGUAAGCUGUCUCGUUGGCACUCGGCCACAUAGUUCUCUCACCCCUGGCUCACUUUUUGUUUCUGUCGGUGAUUCACGUUCAGCUUGUUUGUUUGUUUUCACCAACUACUACUAUUAUACUCUACAAAACUGCCAUUAUGUUUGACUUUCCACAAACAUUGUUUGGGUGGAGCUGCUGCUGAUCUUUAAAAUCAAUGCUGGACCAGAGAUGUGUCGUCUACUCGUCAGUUACAGAUUCUGCAGGCCUGCACUGAUCGCUUCAAUUUGGGAAUGUUUCUGGAUUUGUGCUGUGUCAUUAAACGGGAGUGUGAGUUUUUAAACGA